AAUCUCAGCGCACAUCCCGUGGAGGUCAGGAGCGAGACAGCCCGCCGCCGGCCGAAUCGAACGCGGCGGCGCUCCCUCUCCGCCCCCCUGAGCUAAUCGGCUAGGUCCCCGGAGUGCUCCGCCACGCAGCACCGCGAGGCCAACCGCUUAUGACCUGAUCGGAGCAGAUCAGGGGGGAAAGACAAAAUUAUAGGGGCCCUAGAUACUCCUGCCUGCAACCAGGUGCUCAGCCUCGAUGGCGAUGCCCGGAUCCUGCCCCUCAGCCCCGUCUGCCGGCCACCGUCCCAUUUGCCUUGCCGAUGCUUCAGGGGGAGCGGGAUCCCAAGACAUGCUGCGGCCACGUCUGGUGCUCUUUGGCGACUCCAUCACUGAGCAGUCCUUCCGCCCCGGCGGUUGGGGAGCGGCCCUUGCCGACACCUACUCCCGCAAGGCCGAUGUUGUUGUCAGAGGCUAUGGUGGGUACAACUCAAGAUGGGCCCUGUUCCUGAUCCAGCGCAUCUUUCCCCUGGUUGGCUUACCACCCAUUGCUACGACUAUAUUCUUUGGCGCUAAUGAUGCAGCGCUUCUAGGACGAACAAGCGAGCGACAACAUGUUCCAGUUGAGGAGUAUAAACAGAAUCUCAAAACAAUUGUUAAUCACCUGAAGGAUUGUUCCAAGUCCAUGGUGAUUUUGCUUAUCACCCCACCUCCUAUUGACGAAGAUGGAAGAGAAAGAUAUGCACGAUCACUCUAUGGAAAAGAUGCGAGGAGGCUCCCUGAAAGGACAAAUGAAAUGGCUGGUGUCUAUGCAGGUCAAUGUAUAGAACUAGCCAAAGAAAUGGAUGUACAGUAUGUUGAUCUUUGGUCAAAGAUGCAAGCGACUGAAGGUUGGCAGAAACUUUACUUAAGUGAUGGACUGCAUCUGACACCGGAAGGAAAUGCUCUGGUCCACAAGGAGGUUGUCCAAACCUUAAGAGGCGCUGGUCUGAAACCUGAAGAUAUGCCCCAUGACUUCCCUCAUCAUUCCAAAAUAGACGGAAUUCACCCAGAAAAGGCCUUCCAGUGAGGUGAUUUUAGGCUGUGCCAUGUUUACGCUUGAACCGCUUGCUUCUCGUUUGGAGGCUUUGCUUUCCUCACAUUAUGCCUUUUCUUUUCUUGUUGUGAACUUUUGAAUUGUGGAAUUUUUGUGUCCAUUUUUACCCCAUGGAAAUAGCUGGGCAUAUUGCUGCGGCAUAUACCUUCCAGUGAAGUGAUUGAUUUCAGGCUGUGUGCUGUUUAAUUUUGAA